UAUUUAUGAUGUAAUAAAAGGCCCAACAAAUAAAGUCAAUACUUCUAAAGGUUUAAUUAAAAAAUAGUUUUUAAAAUGACUAAAUAUAACAAUCAGUGAGUUGAUUACAUCAAAUAUGUUCAUACUUCAACAAAUAAACUAAUUGGUAGGCUUUUUAAAAGUGCAGUGUGUACAGAGGACUGUGCACAUGGUCACACUGCCAACCAGUUCAGGUGAUCAUCAGUGAGAGCUUUUCUUUAUUCUAUAGAGGAUUUACUGUUUUACCUCAGCAUGUGACCAUAGUGCUGCAUGACUGAUAAUGGAGUUGUGAAUACAAAGUGAAUGAAUGUUUUAAACACUUGAAAAAUAUUCACUUUUUUACAGUAAUGAACCAUAUGUGUUUCUGAAUUGAGCUAUUUCUCUCAAAUAAUAUAUUGCUGUAUUUAACUGUUAUUGAAUCCAUAUUGUUAUUACAUCAUAUCUACAUUUCCUGUGUUACAUUUUCAUCCAGACUGACUGAAUUGCUACAUCUGGAGAAACAGAGCCUGCUGUGAAGCCAUGGCCUCCAAUCUGUCCCUCCUCCUGCUCGUCCUGUGUGCUUUCACUGUGGCUGAAGCAGGGCUGAGGGUGUUCAACCUGCGGGCCACUGAUCUUCCCUCUGACAUUUUUGGAAUCACAGACGGCUACGUCAAAGUGUAUUGUAGUUCAGCUACUCUGGGCAAGACAAGCAUCCGUGACAACGAAGUCAACCCCUGGUGGGAGGAGGAGUUUGCCUACUUCUCAGCCAAGGAGUAUGACGUGUUGAGGCUCGAGGUUCACGACCAUGACUUCAUGUAUGACGACCUGCUCGGAGUCUGCCAGAGACAGAUCAGGAUUGGAACCCAUAAGCACGACUGCAUCCUGGAGGAGGGUGGCAGUCUCCAUUAUGAAUACACCCUCAGUUAAAUACAGUCAAUAAGCAUUUAUAAUGAGCAUGCAGCCUGAAUCUCUAUCAGACUGACUCUUGUAUGAUUUCACAGAGACUAGCUGUGAGUGAUUAGUUAUUGUCUGUCCCCAAUGAUUCACCAUUUAUGACUUGUUCUCACAAAUAGUCACUUAAAGUCAUUAAGAUCCAGACUGUUUGAAUCAAUGAAGCUUUUUUCUGGCUAUUUGACCUGUUUCAACAGAAAUAAACUGUGCUGGAACAACCAAA